GACUAACACGCGCAGCUCGGCCCGCCAGCAUGAACGGCUACCCACCCCCUGGACCCAUGGGGCCGCCGGCCAUGAUGCCGCCCUCUCCCUGGAGGGCAUCCAAAGCUGCAGACGGGAGAGAGUACUACUACAACACCUUGACGAACAAGACUCAAUGGGAAAAGCCGCAAGAGCUGAUGACAGAAGACGAGCGCGCAAUGAUUGGUACGCCUUGGCAGAUUUAUGACUCCGGCGGGAGGAAGUACUGGGCGCAUAAGGAGACAAAAGCGACGACUUGGGAUAUACCCGACGAUGUCGCGGAGAAUCUCAAGCGCAUCAGGAAUCAGCCGCCACAGCGGCCGCCUCCUGGUGCUUGGGCUGCCGGACCUUCCAUGCCUCCUCCUGCGUUUGAGCAAGGCCGCAACGACCGUGAUCGUGAUCGUGACCGUGACCGCGACCGCGACAUUUACCAGCCGCCUGACCGACGCGAUCGCGACUCCGGAUAUGGCGUCGACCGCCCUAGCAUGGUGUUUGCGGCCUCGACGGACCUGCAGUUCGCGAGCCCGCAGGAAGCUGAGGCUGCCUUCAUGAAGGUACUCAAGCAGUUGAAGGUCCAGCCCGACUGGGAGUGGUCUCGGGCCGUUCGCGCCGGUAUCAAGGAUCCCAACUGGCGCGCGAUACCUGAGCCAGAGAAGCGCGAAGAAGCCUUCAAGAAAUACUGCGAGGAGCUGCGUGCACAAGAGAAGCACAAAGAGCAAGACCGUCAAGCUAAACUGCGCACUGACUUCACAGCUAUGCUACGCUCCCAUCCGGAGAUCAAGCAUUACACGCGUUGGAAGACCGCUCUUCCUAUUCUGGAAGACGAGACAGUCUUCCGUUCUGCCAAAGACGAUAAUGAGCGGAGGGCGCUGUUCGAAGAAUAUAUUGUCACUCUCAAACGCGCCAAUGCAGAGAAGGAGGCGGAAGACAAGAAGACUGCCUUAGAUGAGCUGAUGACUCUUCUGCAAGGACUUGACCUCGAGCCGUUCACUCGCUGGCAGUCCGCCGAAGAGAAAUUGGAAGAGGAUCCCGAGUUCAACAGUGAGAAGUUCCAACCUCUCCAUCGUUUGGAUGUUCUGAACACGUUUGAAAAACACAUUAGGCUGCUUCAGCGAGAGCACAACGACCGCGUACAGGCGGAGAGGCGUGACAAGCAUCGCAUCGAGCGCAGGAAUCGGGAUGCUUUCAGGCAACUCUUGGACGAACUGCAAGAGAAUGGUAGGCUCAAGGCCGGCUCGAAGUGGAAGGACAUUCACGACAUCAUUCAGGACGAUCCUCGCUACAUUGCUAUGCUAGGACAGAGCGGGUCAUCACCGCUUGAUCUCUUCUGGGAUGCUCUGGAGAUCGAGGAACAGAAGUUCCGUACCCAGCGUCGCUAUGCGCUGGAUGUACUCGAGCAUGAGCGCUUCGAGGUCGUGACCGCAACUCCCUUCGAAGAGUUUUUGAGCGUAAUGCGAACUGAUCCUCGCACUGCUAACAUGGACGAUCAGUCGAUGAGGAGCAUCUUCGAUUACGUCAUCGCGAAGGUCAAAAAGCGAGAGGACGAUGAACGCCGCGAUGAGGAACACCAUGAGCGGUACGCGAUGGAUAACCUCCGUUCUGUUAUCAAGCGUCUUGAUCCUCCGGUGACGCUUUCGGACACCUGGGAAGCGGUACGUGCUCGUGUUGAGAAGACCGACGAAUACCGCGCGCUAAAGUCAGACUCACUUCGCCAAUCCGUCUUCGACAAGUACAUCCGCCGCCUCAAGGAGAAGGAGAGUGAUCGUCGGGACCGGAGCAGGCGUGACACGCGCGAGAGGGACAGGCGAGACCGAGAUCGUGAGUAUCGCAACGGACAUUCUGACACUCACCGGCGUCACCGCACGCGCACUCGCUCUCCUGAGCAUGAUCCUUACGCUGCCGAGCGUCGACAAGCCCAGCAGGAUCGGGAGGCACGUUACAGGAACAACGACAGCACUGGCCUCUCUCCUCCUUAUCGUCGUGAUCGUGAGCGAGACGACUACAGGUAUGAGCGGUCUCGCCAGGGCAGCGGCGACCACUAUGGUCGUGAGCGCCGUGAACGUGAAGCUGAGCGCGAGCGUUCCUACAUUUCGCGUGGGGACCCCCUUAGUAGGGCGGAUCCUCGUGAGCGUAGUGUGAGCGAGUUGGACUAUGGUGACAGCGGAGGUCGUCCCUUGUCCGCUAGGCGCCGACGAGAGAGUGACGUGAGCGCAGCCGACAGGCGCGACAGCAAGCGCGCUCGCUACUCUCCUCGCCCUGACCGUAAGUCUAAGACACCGGUUCCCCAGCCAACAAAGGAGGAGGAGCGAGCUCUUCGAUCCGGAAGCGAGGAGGGUGAAAUCGAGGAGGAUUAAAGAGAAGGUGGACCUAACUCUGGUCUGCCUCUAUCUAUGCACCUCGCCGGGGAAAGCAGGAAGUGCGAUUUGUGUGAUUCCAUUGUCGAGCUCUAGUGGUUACCGUCCCCACUACAGAGCGACACGGUGCUUAUGGGCAUAAUGAGGUGUACCGUCAACCUCGCUACUAUGCUAAAGGCUUCAAAUUUGAGGGUGCGGAUACCCACAUCUGGGAAACCAUCGUGUGGCAUCUGCUUCUUCAUGCCUGACAAACCUGGUGGGCUAAGCACCUUUGGGAACGGUCACGUGUAUAUAUAUUAUCGAAAAAGCUACCUGUAAUGAAAAGUCUACCU